CAAACCAGAGCAGGGCCAAACCGACCUGCGGGAACCACCCAAGUGGGCCAGGGGCGGUGGGAGAUGACGCUGAGGCCACCGGGUCGCUUUGGCCCUGCAGAUAGGUUCCCAGCUACGGGUGGUGAUUGGAAGUACCUCUUGAAGCGGCGUACACCGUUCUGGACUGGACUGGAGGAAGCACUAAAAACUCUGGAGAUGCACAACCCCCGUCUGGCAUGGUUCAAGGACUCCAGGACUGCCAGCCCCACGGAAUGACUCCGAGUCAGCCUUGGCGUACUGCAGGACACUGUUGGUGUUGGGUGGAGGCGCCGUUCCACGCUUGGCCCAGGUGGCGCGAGGUUCAUUGGUGGUGGAGCGGCGCUUUAUCUUCGCCCGACGGGCGAGCGUUGUGCUGCCGGUAACGUAAAAAGCUCUACGCGCCUCCACGUGGGAUCCUAGGAAUAUUCAAGCACACGCAGAGGUGAGUAAUGGGGCCGGCCUUGGUGCUGGCGCAGGUAAUGGAGGGUGCCGACGGGCUGGCGGAAGCAACAACGGUGACAGGGACAAGGGCGGCGCCAAACGGCGACAUCGCUGCAAGAUGUCGUAGCGUCGAUCCAUGUGCUGCCAAUAGCACACAAGUUUUUUAGCGGGCAACAACCACGCCAUUGGACUGACCGAGACCCUGCUGCAACAACUCGCCCUCACACCAUCACGACCUGCCACCGCCAUGGCCAGUAGGGCCGCAUUGCAAGAGAGUGCCGCAUUGCAAGAGAGUGCCGGAGCGAACAAGCUGCGACCCCCGACGUGCUCCUCACCUUGACGCCGACACGAUGCAGCCAAAACUGCACAUGGAGGCCGUGGACCUGGGCGAGUCUGGGGCCAGCGACGAGAAGAAGAAGCGGCGUGAGCGUGUGCCACGGCGCAUCAUCCACUUUGCGAGCGGAGAGACGAUGGAGGAGUACAGCACGGACGACGAGGAGGAGGAGGAGAUCUCCAAACAGCUCGCCGCCCCCACCGAUCCCGCAAAGUUGACGUGGGGCCCCUACCUCUGGUUUUAUCUUUUCAAAACUGGAACAGGAACACUCGCUGUGUGCGACUUUGUCGGGGAGAAACUCGCUGACCUUUUCGGGAUCACCACCGCAAAGUACCAGUACGCCAUCGACGAAUACAACAGGAGCAAGGAGGAGGAGGAGGAGGAGGAGAUGGAGGACCGCCUCUCUGAGGAGGCCCAGCGUCGCCUCGACGAGCGGAGCCAGCACACCGAGACGCAGCAGCCUUCCCCAUCCGUGGGCGGCCAGGCCUCCCCCUGUGCGGAUAACGGGGGGCCCGAGCCGACGUGCGUGGCCAUGGUGUGAGAAGCCCCUCACGCCCCGCGUAUCACAAUUACACCGUGACCACUGCUGUACCUGUUGGGGUGGGUCCCGUGCCUUAUUUCUAUACAUUUGUACAUUGAGCUAUUUAUUUUGAUUUUAAUUGGAGGCUAGAGUGCAAUGGCAGGAAUACAGUAAAGACUAUGACACCACACACUCCAACAUACAUCGUAGACGGUGGCACGACAGCUUCAGUUUGACAAGCAUGAGGUGAGCAGAGUCUUACGAAUAGUGGGGCCGCCUCACGUUGAAUAGCUUUCUUUAAAUUGCCUUUUUUUUUUACACAUCCAAUCUGUUGCACAGUGUUUAUUAGACAUGUAACGAUUCACCAAUGUUGAUUAAAACUGAUCCCAAUGGUCACAAGACGACUAAAUAAUAUGUAAAUGUUACCUUUGGACUCCCUACUCAGGUCCACUCAAGAACUUACUUUUUUACUCUGCCUGUAACUGACCGCAUAUUUCUCUCUCCGCAAUAGGCCCACUGUCACUGUAUGGGCGUCGUAAGGUGUGGUUGCAUUUAGACACAAUAUGAAGCAAUGUUUUAUUGCAUAAUUGGUUGGCACAAAUGAGACUGAACAAACGAGAGAGUAAAAUAAGAGUACAAACAGGACAAAAACAUUCUAAAUUCUUUAAUCAAAUUAUGACCGCCAAAUCUUGCCAAUUGCUCUUAACUGCGGCGAGUGAGAAGGUGAAUCGUUACUUGCCGUAGUUAAUCUUUUAUUCUCGAGGUGAUUAUCUGAGUUGGUGCGUGGUAAUUAAUGUCUGCAUGUGCGUCUUUCUGGUGAGGCGUUGGAGGCCUGUACUUUACUGCUCCGUAAACAGCUAGGCAUACAUUUAUUCAGCAAUGCAGGUGGUGGAUCGCUAUAGGAAGGCCCGCGAUAUGGCUACGCGCCACUCGGUUUGCCCACGAUGGCACCGCAUCUAGCAUUUGUAAGUGAAUGGCAGCAAACUUGUUGGUGGUAAAUUGGCACGGCUGGAUGUACGAUGGUGAAACCUGGACUUCUCCACGCAAGGCAUGAUUGUGUACUGGUUGCACAUAUUCGGGCGGAAUGCGAGUGGUCGUAAAAUGUGUAGGCGACGUAGAUAUAAGUGAUAAAUGCAGAAUGGGGUUUUGUUUACUCUGAUCCAGUAUUUAUGAAUAAAUGUAUCGUAUAUA